UCAAGUUAUGAUUCUUGGAGGGCAGGCUGCGAUUUCCUUAACAGGGCACUACAUUACACAAUUUCUGACCAAUUUGUAUCGUUGAACUAACACUACAUUCACAGAGAUGAGAACAAAUACAGAUAGUAAUAAUCUUCACCUUCUCAUUUCUCUGUUUCUCUUACUAUCAUCAGUCUGUUAUGGAUUCAGUGAUCUUCAAGUUCUGUUGAAGCUCAAAUCUUCUAUGAUUGCUCCCAAACGUUCAGGACUCGAAGACUGGCAACCAUCAUCUAAUUCCACUGCUCAUUGCUCCUUCUCAGGGGUUUCAUGCGAUGAAAACUCACGUGUAGUCUCUCUGAACGUGUCGUUUAUGCCUCUCUUUGGUACGAUUCCGCCGGAGAUUGGCCUGUUAAACAAGCUUGUGAACCUCACAAUUUCCAACGUUAAUCUCACCGGGGAACUCCCUUUAGAGAUGGCCAAACUAACUUCUCUCAAGGUUUUCAACAUAUCCAACAACGUCUUUAAAGGCAAUUUCCCUGGACAAAUCGUUCUUGGAAUGACAGAGCUUGAAACUCUCGACGUUUACAACAACAAUUUCACCGGUCCACUUCCCACUGAGAUUGUAAGCCUCAAAAAUCUCAAACACCUCACUUUUGGCGGCAACUACUUCACCGGCGAGAUUCCAGAGAGUUAUUCAGAGAUUCAGAGUUUGAAGUACCUGGGCUUAAACGGUAAUAAACUUACCUGUAAAGUCCCAGCAUUUUUAUCUCGGUUAAAGAACCUCAGAGAAAUUUAUAUCGGUUACUUCAACAUCUACGACGGGGAAGUCCCGCCUGCUUUUGGAACGCUGAGUGAACUCCGAGUUCUCGAUAUGGCUUCCUGUUACGUUUCAGGCGAAAUUCCUUCUAGUCUAAGUCAAUUAAAACACCUGCACGCAUUGCUCCUUCAGAUGAACAACCUCGCAGGUCAUAUACCUCCUGAACUCUCCAAUUUGAUUAGCUUGAAAGCGCUUGAUCUCUCCUUCAAUUCACUCACCGGGGAGAUACCCGAAAGUUUCUCUGCGUUAACAAGCAUCAAGCUGAUCGAUCUGUUCAAGAACAAUCUCAACGGUACAAUUCCCACGUUCAUAGGAGAUCUUCCAAAUCUUGAGGUACUUCAGAUAUGGGGAAAUAACUUCACACUGGAGCUUCCUCAGAAUCUUGGCCGGAAUGGGAAGCUCAAGAUACUCGACGUUACAUCGAAUCAUCUCACCGGGAUGAUUCCUCGUGAUUUAUGCAAAGGAGGGAAGUUGAAGUCGUUAAUUCUGAUGGACAAUUUCUUCUUUGGUCCAAUUCCUGAAGAGUUGGGCGAGUGCAAGUCUCUGAUCAAAAUCCGAGUAAUGUUUAACUUCCUUAAUGGAACAAUUCCUGCUGGAAUUUUUAAUCUGCCAUCGUUGAAUAUGAUGGAGUUGGACAACAACUUGUUAUCAGGCGAACUUCCAGAAAAGAUGUCAAGUGGCUCUCUCAAUCAGUUGAAAGUGGCUAACAAUAGUAUAACCGGGAAAAUUCCUCCAGCAGUCGGAAAUUUGCCGAAUUUGAAUAUCCUGUCUCUCCAUAACAACAGAUUUAAUGGUGAAAUUCCCCAGGAGAUCUUCAAUCUCAAGCAUAUUGCGACAGUAAACAUUAGUGGCAACAACAUUAGCGGUGAAAUCCCCCCUUCAAUUUCCAAUUGCAUUUCUCUAACAUCAGUUGACUUCAGUAGAAACAAGCUCGAUGGGGAGAUUCCAAAAGGGAUUACUGAGUUGAAAGAUCUGGGCAUUCUUAAUUUCUCAAGAAACCAGCUCACUGGUCCAAUACCAAAUGAAAUUCGAUAUAUGACCAGUCUCACAACUCUUGAUCUCUCAUAUAACAAUUUCUUGGGUAAUAUUCCCACCGGAGGUCAGUUUCUUGCAUUCAACAUGCACUCGUUUGAAGGAAAUCCUAACCUUUGUUACCCGCCUCAGGUAACUUGCCCAGCAGUGUUAAACCCAGCAAAAGAUUCAGGCAACCAUGCGGCAUCGUUUAGUACUUCAAAGCUUGUAAUCAUAGUCAUUGGUCUGAUCAGUGCCUUGUUACUGAUUAUAAAAUGAGCAAGAAGAGACUUUCAUAUACAUAAUAAUAAUAAGCAAAAGAUAGUCUUUCUUUGGUAAGACGGAUGUUGUCUUUCAAAUAAAGCCAUUAUUUAGCAAUUCUUAUUUCCACUUUCCAAAUAAGUAUGCAAUUGAUUUUAGAGUGAUGCUAUUUGUUUCCCAUUUUUUAUCUAAUA